GGACAUUUUACUCUUCUGAGUCUUCUCCCUUCUUCCUCUCUCUCUCUCUCUCUCUCUACCUCUCCUUCUCUGUACAGAGCAAAACCCUAAAGCGACCGCCAUCUCGCCGAGGGACGCCAUUCUCCGGCGGAGCCAUUAGCCGCCUCUGCAGGCCAGCCUCCGACCACUGCCUCCGUCGAUUUGCAUUGGAGGAAGCAGAGCCGCCUUGACCGAGUGUAUUGGAUAGAGAGAGAGAGAGAGGAGGGGGGAGAGCUAGAGAGAGAAAGUGGAGAGCGUGCGAGAUGUACAAGAACCAGCUGCAAGAGCUGGCGCAGAGGAGCUGCUUCAACCUCCCCUCGUACACGUGCCUCAGGGAAGGUCCCGACCACGCGCCUCGCUUCAAGGCCGCCGUCAACUUCAAUGGCGAGAUCUUUGAGAGCCCUCAGUACUGCUCCACGCUCCGCCAGGCCGAGCACUCCGCCGCUGAGGUCGCCCUCAACUCCCUCUCGAGCCGCGGCCCCUCUCACUCCCUCGCCGCCCGUAUCCUGGAUGAGACAGGUGUGUACAAGAACCUAUUGCAGGAAAUUGCACAAAGAGUUGGAGCCCCAUUGCCACAGUAUACAACAUACAGAUCGGGUCUUGGCCACCUGCCUGUUUUCACAGGGACGGUAGAAUUGGCUGGAAUCACAUUCACAGGAGAGCCUGCCAAGAAUAAGAAGCAGGCAGAAAAGAAUGCAGCUAUGGCUGCAUGGUCAUCUCUAAAGCAAUUGGCAAAAGAAGCAGCAGGUUCCUCUGAACCAGAGAAUAAUGACGAACUGGAGCAGAUAACAAUAGCCCGAGCCUUACUACAUUACCGUCUGAAGGAGAAGCUAGCCAUGGCGAACUCUCCAGAUGGCUCCUUACCGUUUCAGAAGAAGUUUCCAACUCAAAUCCCAAGACCCACCAGCCCGCAGCCUCCACCAAUGACCACAUCGAAGAUCCUUCCUUUAAUCUGCCCAAAGACAGUUCCUCGUAAUAAUAGACCUUCAUCUUCUCUCGCAAAUGAUAACUUAGUUCCAACCUCACAAACUCCUGCCUUAGAAACACGCGGAACUGGGGCCCGACCACAUAAGUUCCCUGCGCCUGGAGCAGCACCUUACGUCCCCAUUAGGCAAAUGAGGUCCAAUUGCAGAGGCAUGGCUCCCCCGGUGACGAUGAGAACUGCCGUUCCUGUAUUCUCUGCCCCACCCCGCCUGCCGUCACCACAAUCAAGGCUGCCCACUCCAAUGCAAGCCUCCCCUGUUCACAUUGCGCCGCCUGUCUGUAUUAGACCAGUUGUUCCAGUAUUUGCAGCUCCCCCUGCCCAAAAAGAUCUUCCACCAGUUCAGAAGGAGGAAGCUCGGGCAGUUCCUUGCCCAGCAGUACUAAAUCAGCCCAUCAACGACGUAGACAAGGGCAUUGCAGCAAAAGAAAAUUUGCAAGAAUCCGAGGCAGCACAGAUUUUGCAUCAGCUUAAGAUAUGAUGGUACCGUACUUUCCGGGAGUAUACUAGUUCUGUAGGGAACAAUCCUAGUCCUCAUAAGGGCUCAUGUUGUCUUAGGCUUGUUUUGGUUAAUGCGAGUGCCCAGUUCAUCAUCGUCCUCAAUAUCUCUCUUUUUUGUUUCCCCUUCUUAAUAUAUAUCUUUCAUCAGUUUCCCUAUCUUUUGUAUUUUAAAAAGGUGUAGUUAUAUCGCAGGUUAAGUUAGCUUCAACUGUUGAGACUUUGUGAUUUGAUACAGUUGAGAUACCUUUACUUGCAAUGUUGCGAGACAGUGGUUUGUCCCGAUCCUUGGUCGGUUAAUUUAUAUCACAUCUACUAGGCCUGGAUCAUGUGUUUUAUA